AUGGCCUCGGAAACACCAGCGUAUAUCAUCUCCGCACUCACCUCGAUCGGUGGAGUGACAGGCUACGUCCGCACAGGAUCAGUACCUAGCAUCGCAGCCGGACUUACUGUAGGAGCUUUGUACGGCCUUGGAGGCUACCGCAUCUCGAAACGCCAACCAUACGGCGUCGAACUGGCACUUCUCGCAUCCGUCAUCCUGGCUGGCAGUAGUAUCCCUCGCGCGAUCAAGACGGGUAAACCUCUCCCCGCGGGUCUGAGUGUGCUUGCUGCCACCGGCCUCUUCAUCUACGGCAAGGCCUUCCUGGGCAAAUAA